AUGGCGACCUCUCUCCUCGCCCAGUGCUCAAACACUCUCUGGUGCCAUCUCCGUUCCCUACCCCUCUGGGCAUUUGUCCUCGUCGUCCUCCUCUUCGGCGCACUCCGCCAGCGCAUCCUCCCAUCUUCUUCGUCGUCUUCUUCUCCGACCCGACGACGACGACAACAGCCAGCACCCGGCGUCGCGGAUAAGAAGACGUCCGCCUCGUAA